CACGCGGGAUCUCCCAUUUCCCUGACCGGCUCACAGACGGAAAUCCUCUCCGGCUGCCUUCCAACCACAAGAUCUCAGAUAUCGGCAGCUCCGACCCAUCCUCCUGCCGAUAAAUGCAGCUCCCGGGCCGGCUGCAGUUUGCUCCCCUCUCCCGGCACCUCGGCUUCUUCCACUCCAGCCUCUGGGCAGCAGCGAAGAAGCAGGACUAUGUUGGCUCGGGCCAGCUGGCUGCUGCUUCUCUCCAGCGCAGGAUUUCUACUCGCUUCAGUGCAGCCGGACUGUGGUGGUGUUCUGCUGCCCAGUGUCACCAGUAGAAUCCUACUGGUGACUGACUCCAUCAAUGGGACCACGUGCUCCUGGAUUCUGCAAGCACCCUCUUCAGCGACUGUUGAAUUAGAGGUUAUCUCAUACCAUACGGUACCCUGGACAGACACCAGCUGCACCUCUGCUUAUCUGGCCAUCAAACUGGGGCCAACACAGAAGGAAAGACGGUUCUGUGACUCAUUCAGGAGUAUUCCUGAGGUUGGUAGAAAGCUAGUGAUUCGAGGGAAAGGGCCGGGUGUUGUCACCCUGCGAGCAGCGUACGGCAUGAAACAAGGAUUCACCCUGCGGUACUCGGUGCUUGUACCAGACGUGAACCAUAGAGAAAUUGAUACAAGAGCCUUGGAGCUGCGAACUCUGACUCCAUUGUCUUCCUCAGUGUGGGGGGAGGGUAAGCGAGUUGACCUCAGCAAAGGAGAGGCUGUGAUGUUCUCUACAUCAACUGGACAGGGGCAGCAAAUCAUUCCGGAAUAUCCCAGCAUGUCAACAGUGCAGGGGAGACCAGGGCCUCCCUGGAACCAUCAGUCUUCCUGGUCUCCUGGACAUCCUAAGCUCCCAGGCCAUCCUUCAGAUCAAGGACUGAGGACUCAAGCUCAGUUGCAGCCAGGAGAAGUCCCAGCAACAAAGGAUUCCCAGUCAGAUUCCAGAACCACAUUCCACCUAAAAUCUCUGGGAACACAAGCUUCCCCAGAAAGGUCUAAAACUUCACAAGGUCCAGUAACCCUUAAAAUUGCUGCUGUUUCAGAUUUCAACACCAGCCCCCAAGUCAAUCUUGCCUCCAUUCUCCUAUCCCCCUCCCCCUCCAGCCCCAGUCCAAGCUCCCCCUCUGGCCCCGGUCCGAGCUCCCCCUCCCCCUCUGGCCCCGUACAAGUACGAUCGAUAAUACGCCAUUAUUAA